AUGACCUCAUCAGAAAAAGAAAUAGUGAUGAAGAACACAUUGUUUGAAGCGUGCAUGAAGCAACAAUGGGAGAGAGUUUCAUCCAUAUACCACCGCUCUGGAGCGGUUGCUUGGAAGGCAAAAAUUACAAAAUCAGGAGACACCGUUCUCCACAUUCUCAUCAACUGUUACCACCCUGCAGGCUCCAAAAACCUUCUUCAACAUAUCAAGAACAUGGUGGAUAUGUUAGAAGAUGAUGAUGAGGCAUUGAGAGUGUUGAAAUUGCAGAAUGAGAGAGGUGACACUCCUCUUCACCUUGCUGCUCGCCUUGGAAACACUGAAAUCUGCAAACAUAUUCUCUCCAGACCUCAAAAUCAAGGCAAAGCGUUCGAGCUGAUCAGAGAGCGCAACUUUAAGAAGGAGACGCCAUUGUUCUUGGCGGCGCAUCGUGGCAAGAUGGAGGCUUUUCGGUUCCUGCUCACAGUGUUCAAGAAGGAAAACCACAAUCCAAUUGAUAUUUGCAGACAGGAAAAUGGGGAUACUAUUCUUCACUCAGCUCUCUCUGGAGAGUACUUUGAAAUGGCGUACGAGAUAAUCAGUGAACUUCCAGAACUUGGCAAUUAUGUGAAUGAGGAUGGGAUAUCUCCUCUACAUAUUCUAGCCACAAAACCACAUGCAUUCAAAAGCAGCAGUUAUCUAGGAUCUGUUGAUCUCAUCAUCUACCACAGUGCUACUGUUAGAAGCCUAAAAAGGGCAAAACAAUCUGCUGAGGAUGAUGAAAUUCUUAACAACUUCCCAGCAAACUGGUGGACACUAGUGGAAUUCUUCAAGUUUGUCGGGAAAUGCAUUUCCAGGCUUUUUGGAAUAGGUAGUUCCUGUAGCAGAACAUUCGCGGAUCAAAAUGAUCCAGAAGAAGGUAAUGCUAGUAGGGAAAGAGAUGCAAAUAAAAAUGAUCCCACAGAACAAGAAAGCUGGAAAUCUGGAAACUUCAAAUGUACAGAGGUAGCAGAGCACAAAGUCAGAUUCUGUCAAAUAUCAACAAGAAGAACUCAAGGCACAUUGCCGGAAAAUUACACCACAACUGUUAUGCUUUUCAAGCUUCUGAUGAAGGUUGUGUUGAUUAUAUUGGGAACCGGAUUUGGAAGGAUAAGGAAAAUUAAGGACAAGAAGGAAAUGAACACGUGGGCAGUCCAGAUCAUGAAUGAACUGAUUGAGAAAGAAUCUAGCUACAAGUACCAGUAUACUGGGGGGAGACCUCCAGAAGAUGCUGCAAGAGAAUCUACUGGAAUUGAACCACCAACCACUCCACCCACAAUAGAUGAAUCACCAACUUCAACCAAUUCUGCAAAACCUGAAACCAUUAUGAAGAAAAAUGAGAAUGAAUUGGAGACAAACGAGAACAAGGAGACACCUUUAUUAGUAGCAGCUAAGGUUGGAAUUAAGGAGAUUGUAGAGAAAAUACUUGAAACAUUCCCAGUUGCCAUUCAAGAUGCGGAUGCUAAUGAGAAGAACGUCUUACUUCUAGCUAUAGAGAACAGGCAAACCGCGGUUUAUGAUUUCCUACUAGAGAAGAAAAAAUCACUACCAGAAUUUGUGUAUUAUCAAGUGGAUAACGAGGGAAACAGUGCAGUGCACCUUGCUGCAAUGUACAAUGGUCAGCAGAAUUGGCGCAUGCCUGGUGCUGCAUUGCAAUUGCAAGGAGAAUUGAAAUGGUACAAGUACGUGAAGGGACAUAUGGCACGAGAAUCCUAUGUUCGUUUCAACAACAAAGGACAGGUUCCAGAGGAAGUGUUCAAAGAGACACAUGCUGAUCUUACCAAAAGCGGCACCAAAUGGUUGGUCACCACUUCCAACUCCUGCUCUGUCAUUGCUGCGCUGAUUGCAACUGUCGCAUUUGCUACAUCAGCAACCAUCCCUGGAGGGGUGGAUGAUAAGACUGGGCGUCCCAUUCUUAAAGGCCAGCCCGCCUUUGAUGCAUUCGCAGUCUCAUCACUCAUAGCUCUGGGCUUCUCAGUCACCGCUCUCGUCUUCUUCCUCGCAAUCCUCACCUCCCGCUGCCAACAAAAGGAUUUCAAGAACAAUCUCCCCAGGAAGCUGCUGCUUGGACUCACCUGUCUCUUCACCUCAAUCGCUGCCAUCUUGAUCUCCUUCUGUGCUGGCCAUUUCUUCGUCCUCACCGAUCAUAUCAAACUCGCCGCUUUCCCAAUAUACAUCCUCACAUGCUUGCCUGUCACACUUUUUGCCUUGAAUCAACUCCCCCUCUACAUGGAUCUCUUCAGCUCAAUUUUCCAAUCUGUUCAUUUCCGCAGCUUCAAAGUCUCAUAUGCCACCAACCACUUCAAGGACAAACCUUUGCUCGAUAUUUCUUUCACUCCCAAGAAUCAAGCGUUCCGUGUAAUUCUCCAUGAUCUUCAAAAAUUUAUUUCCCAGGCAGAGCAGAAUCAAGGUUUGUCAAAUCUUGAUCGAUAUGUUGAUUGAUUGAUUCAUUAAUACCCGCCCCUGUUGGGUGUGAGUUCUUGUGUCAUUUCUACUCACUGUUUUGUUUUCACUUAAUUGUCAUAUACAUGUACUGAUGAGUUCCAUCCAGUAUGAGCUAUUAUAAUAUUUGA